AUGAGAGCUGUUACAAUUGCCGCUGCUGGUGCAGCCGUUAUCGGAUCGGUUUCUGCCUCAAGUCAUGUCGAGGACAGGCACGCUCAACUACACAACAAGGUCGCUCGGGAUACCUGGCUCGACUGGAACUCGACCAGCGUCGACCCCGUUGACGGCGGUAGCACCACCACUGGAUGGGGUUCCAAGCCUGUUGACCUUGCCACCACUUCCACUACCAAGAAAGUGGCGGCCAGUUCAACCACUACCACUGCUGCUGCUUCUGUGACCUCUACCAGUGAAGACCACACCUGGGAGGACUGGAGCUCCUCGACCACCACCACCACCCCCAAGAAGCCUGUGGACCCUGCCACUACUUCUAGCUCUGAGGACCAUACCUGGGUUGAUUGGGAGUCCAGCAGCACCUCCAGCAAGCCUGUAGACCCCGCCAAAACCACCAGCACUGAAGAGCACACCUGGGAUGACUGGGAAGAAUCCACCACAUCCAGCAAGCCCGUGGACCCUGUCACCACUGGAGACUACACCUGGGAUGACUGGACCAGCAGCAAGGUCGUUGAUCCUGCGACUUCAUCAUCUGUUGAUCCAGACCACACCUGGGUUGACUGGGUUGAGCCAACCACCACCAUCACCUUGAAGUCGACUGUGACGACUACCAAGUAUGUCGAGCCAGUCACAACCUCCAGUGUGGCUGCUGAAUCCACCUGGGCCGAUUGGGAGUCGAGCGCUGCUGUGCUUUCCAGCAAGCCUGUAGCCCCAGUGACAAGCCUUGUGACCUCAACCAUUGUUCCUGGCUGGUCUUCCGCAGGAUGGUUCGGCCCAUCAUGGGCCCCUGUUGCCCCGGGCUCGUGCGCUGUAUCCGUUAUCACCUCCUAUGGUCUUCCAACCUGGCGCCCGGUCGCUGAUCCCGUCACGUCAACCACCGAAACCUGGAGCGACUGGACUUCAUCAAGCGCAGCCGCCGCCUCGACUACAAGCACCAGUAGUGAGACCUGGGCUGACUGGACUAGCUCAUCUGUCGAUCCCGUGGCCUCGACCAGUACCAGCACCAGCACCAGCACCUGGGACGACUGGGUUUCGACUUCAUCUGCAGCUGUAUCUUCCGCUACUGGAGGCGGUUGGGGAGUUCCCAGCUCGUCUGCGGCUGUAUCUACCACUUCUGCUGGUACAUGGCCCAAGCCAAGCGGCGGAAAUGGUGGUGGCUAUCCUGGCAUCACCCCCAACGGUGACUCUUGGGGCUUGACCUAUUCUCCAUAUACCGCUCAAGAGGGUUGCAAGGACGCGGGUGUCAUUGCCAAAGACCUUGCCAUUAUCGCGGCAAAGGGCUUCUCCACUGUCCGCGUGUACAGCACUGACUGCAACACCCUGGAGAACAUCGGCAAAUCUGCUCGUGACAACGGAUUGAAGCUCAUCCUUGGUGUGUGGGUCUCCUCGACUGGUAUUGGUGCUGCCAAGGGUCAAGUUGACGACAUUGUGCAAUGGGGACAAUGGGAUCUUGUCGAGCUGAUUGUUGUGGGUAACGAGGUCCUCUUCAACAACAUUGCCUCUGCCGGUGAUCUUGCCGGAUUCAUCUCCAGCAGCGCAUGGGCAUUCAAGGCCGCAGGCUACACCGGACCUGUCACCACAACUGAGCCUCUUUCCGUUUGGGAGGACAGCAAGAACGCAGCUGCCCUGGGUAGCGUCAUCGAUGUUGUCGGUGCCAACUUGUAUGCUUUUUUCAACGCGCAGAUCUCUGCCGACAAGGCCGGCAAAUUCAUCCAAGAUCAGAUCAACAUUCUGAACGGACUAUUCCCCAGUAAAUCCAUCUAUGUUUUGGAGUCCGGAUGGCCACACGGCGGUAACGCCAACGGUGCUGCCGUACCCAGUCCUGAGAACCAGGCCAUCGCCCUCAAGGGAAUCCAGAGCGCCGUGGGUGCUCAAGUCGUGUUCUUGAGCUACGAAGAUGAGCCAUGGAAGGAGCCUGGUCAAUUCGGUGUCGAACAAUUCUGGGGCUGUGCUGGUGUUUUCUAG